CUGGGAUUUAAACCGUGUGGCGUCAUCGUCACGAAAUUCAAACUUUGGAGAGAGAUUACAGUGACCACAGUGUUGCUCCAGCUGAUGCCACGUUUUUAAAGAGAGGUCGUGUGAAACCUGAAUAAAAUGGCGCAGUUUGGGUUUGAGAACGACAUCCACAGCAUCUUGAAGCUGGACAUGCCCAUCACAAACGCUCCCAUGGCGAGGUGGCAGAGAAAGGCCAGCUCAUCCAACACAUCCGCCGGGUUGUCUCCUGGUAAACCUGCCAAUGUGUCGCUCAGCUCAUCCAGAACACCGAGCAAAACACCAGGCAAAAGUAAAAAGCAGACUCCCUCUAAGAUGGGGGGCGACCGCUUCAUUCCAGUCAGAAACAGCAAACAAAUGGAUGUGGCAAGUUUCCUGCUCUCAAAGGAGAAUGAGCCUGCAGACGCCAACACUUCAGCAGGAUCAUCAGAAAGCCAGAAAGCCUGGUCUAUGUCCCUAAAUGGCUACAACAUUGAAGAUGCAAAGAUCCUGCACCUUGGAGGGAAGCCGCUGAAUGCUCCAGAAGGCUAUCAAAACAACUUGAAGGUUCUCUACAGUCAGGGUACAACUCCUGCCUCUGUCAAAAAGACAAGAUACAUAUCUUCAACUCCAGACAGAAUCUUGGAUGCUCCUGAGCUUCGAAAUGAUUUCUAUUUGAAUCUGCUUGACUGGAGCAGCCGAAAUGUUCUUGCUGUUGCGCUUCAUAACAGUGUUUACCUGUGGGAUGCAACUCAAGGAGACAUCACUCUUCUCAUGAAGUUGGAGCGUGAGGAGGACUACAUCUGCUCACUGUCCUGGACCAAGGAGGGGAACUACCUAGCUAUCGGCACCAGUGACUGCAAAGUUCAGUUGUGGGAUGUUGACAAUCAGAAGCGUCUACGCAGCAUGGCCAGUCAUACAGCUAGAGUUGGUAGCCUGAGCUGGAACGACCACAUUCUCUCCAGGUACAGUACAGCAUUCCUCAUACAAAAAGUAAAAUACGAUUCCAGUGGUUUGUUUUUGUUGGACCUAAAUGUGUUUCUCUCUCUCUCUCUUAGUGGCUCAAGAUCAGGACACAUCCACCACCAUGAUGUGAGGGUGGCAGACCACCACAUCUUCACCCUCGCUGGUCACUCACAGGAGGUGUGUGGACUAAAGUGGUCCCCUGAUGGGCGUUACCUGGCCAGCGGAGGCAAUGACAACAUAGUUUACGUAUGGCCCAGUGUGCAGAACAGCGGCCCCCAGCAGUCAGUCCACUGCUGGAGUGAACACCAAGGAGCUGUCAAGGCUCUGGCCUGGUGUCCGUGGCAGCCAAAUAUCCUUGCAUCUGGAGGAGGUACCAGUGACCGUCACAUCCGCAUCUGGAAUGUAAACAGUGGCUCCUGCAUCAGUUCACUUGACACUCAGUCCCAGAUCUCGUCACUGGUGUUUGCACCCAACUACAAGGAGCUGGUCUCUGCCCAUGGAUAUGCCCACAACAAUGUCGUAAUCUGGAAGUACCCUGCUCUCACCAAGGUUGCAGAACUCAACGGCCACGAGGACAGAGUUCUCAGUUUGAGUCUGAGCCCAGACUGCUCUACCGUUGUGACUGUCGCUGGAGAUGAGACGAUCCGUCUGUGGAAGAGCUUUGAAAUAGAUCCCAUUAAGAAGAAGGCCAAAGAGAGGCUAGUCAAAUCAACGAGCAGCGUCAUUCAUCAGUCAAUCAGAUGAUUUCCUUGUCUUGACUCUAGGGGGAUUUUUUUGGGGUCUAUGUUGAAUGAGAUAUGUGCAAAUGUUUUAUUUAAUCCACAAUAAAGAUUUCUACCAGUUUUAGCUGUAACUGGCAAUUUACUGUUCAUACUGAUGGUGAAAUAGGUUGUUGGUCUUUAUUGUUUAUACAGCUCUACCAGUGUUGAGUGUUUGUAUAUUUCUGACCUUCACUUAGCUUUAUUUUAUAAUGACGAUGCAUUGUAUACAGUGGAGUGAUUCAUAAUAAAGGGU